ACUUUCAUUGCUAUCAUUUGCACACAGGAUGAAAAUGUGUCAAAAUGUUCUCUACUGUGUUGCCUAUGCUGUUAAUUAUUUUGACAGAUACUCCAUAUUGUGGUGCUGCUUUUACCCCAUAAUUAGGAUUUAAGUUUUAGCUGAGUCACCACCAAAUAAUUUGUAAUUAUUAUUGUCAUUAACUAAUUGUGUAAUGAUAAAACUUUUAUGCUAGUAUGACCACAACCCAUAGGGGGCACCACAAAUGUGAUGUAUAUGUCAGACAUUGUACUUGGUGGAAUUAUUUUGUAACACAUCAUGUGAGCUUCUGUUGGUGUUUUCCCUUAAAAAUGGAGCAGAAGAGAUGAGGGCCUUCCUAGAAGGGGACUAAACCUGUUCUUCAAGUCCCUGUUGAUCUAAAAGCCCAGUUGCACCUAAACCCCUGCUUAGUCCACCUGCUGCAGCCCUCACGGAAAAGCCUUGUAACCACAUUUUCUGCUAGAAGCUUCCACCAUGGCGUCACGCCCACGUGCGUCCUCUCAGCCCGGGAAACUCUCCUUCCUCCAGACUUCCAAAGUGAACUCAUCCCUUCGUCCGAGGGCCGUCUCUUCCCGCUCGGGCUCCGUUCUGGAAGAGGAGCUGUCAUGCCCAGUCUGCUGCGAGAUCUUCAAGGAGCCCGUGGUGCUCAAGUGCAGCCACAGCUUCUGCAGGGCAUGCCUUCAGCAGUUCUGGAACAAAAAGAAGGCACGACGCGAGUGUCCCAUCUGCCGCAGGAAGUGCUCCCUGACGGAGCCAACAGUCAGCCUGGCUCUGAAGAAUGUCGCUGACACUUUCCUGAAGGAGCAGCAACUCCAGACGUCCGUGGCUGGAAGUGUCGCUUCCAUGAAGCUGGAAGCUGACGUGGAGGAUGUGAGGUGCACCAACCACGGCGAGGUUCUCAAGCUCUUCUGUCUGGAUGAUUUGGAAACCUUGUGCUGUGUGUGUCACACCUCCAAGAAACACCAGGGCCAUCGAGUGUGUCCUCUGGAUGAAGGAGCUCAUGAUCUCAAGGAGGAACUGAAGAACGAGCUGAUUCCUGUGAAGAAGAACCUGCGUCGCCUGUAUGAGGCCAAGCAGGAGUGUGAUGACACAACUGUGCACAUCAAGAACCAGGCCCAAGCUGCGGAGAAGCAGGUCAAAGAGGAAUUCGAACAGCUGCGUGACUUCCUGCAAAAGGAGGAAGCGGCUCGGCUGGCCGCCCUGCAGCAGGAGGAAGAGGGAAAGCGAGAACUGGUGAGGAAGAAGUCCGAGAGCAUCACAAGGGACAUCCUGACCUUCUCGCACGCCGUAAUCGCCGUCGAGAAUGAGAUCGCAUCCGCAGAUGCUCUCUUUCUGCAGAAUUACUCCAACACAAAGAAAAGAGCACAGCUUCCGCAGAAGGAUCCGGAAAAGGUGUCUGGAGCUCUUAUUAACGUGGCCAAGCAUGUCAGUUCCCUGAAGUACCAUGUUUGGGAGAAGAUGGUGGAGCUGGUUCAAUACACACCCAUUACCCUGGACCCCAACACUGCGUACUCCUGGUUGUCCAUCUCCAAGGACCUCACCUGCGUGGCCAACAGAGGCGCUCUGCAGCAGCUUCCGGACAACCCGGAACGUUUCGGCCACUUUGUCUUCGCCCUGGGUUCUGAGGGUUUCACGUCAGGCCGCUAUGCCUGGGAGGUGGAGGUGGGUGACAAGGUGGACUGGAUGCUGGGGGUGGUCAAGGAGUCCAUCGACCGAAAGGGCCGCAUUUCCGGCUGCCCCGAGGGCGGCUUCUGGAUGAUAUCGCACUACGAAGGAGAAUACUCGGCCAUGACGAGGCCCAGCACUCGCUUGCACCUGGAGGGGGAGCUGACCAGGGUUCGGGUUCAGCUGGACUACGACGGCGGUGAGGUGAUCUUCUCAAAUCCUAUCAGCAUGAUGCCCAUCUACACCUUUAAUGACUUCUUUACCGACAAGAUGUACCCUUUCUUUUGCCCUGGAGCCAACAUCAACGGGAAUAAUCCAGACCCCCUUAAGAUCUGCCCUGCUACAGUGGCAGUGUGGAACAGCGCCACAUGGUGACAUGUUGUCACAUGUCAGGAACACCAAUCGUCCAUCAAUAGAUAAUUAAAAAAACAAGCCACAAUAUAUUCUUGUAAGCAGAUGAACUUUAUUGGGGUUCAUUUUCAUGUAAGCUACCAAGGCAAGGCGCUGCCCUGGUAAUCCAGGAAGGUUCCAUUGUGCUUAUCUUUCAUGGUGGACAUCACUUCAAGCAUCCCCUUCACGCUGGUUUGGACAUCAAUUUCCCCCUGGAAGACACAUUUUUCAACAAUAUUUUGAAACAAUGAGAAAGUAGAAAGGCUGCAUGGCGGUCGAGUGGGUAGCGCGCAGACCUCACAACUAGGAGACCAGGGUUCAAUUCCAUCUCUGUGUGGAGUUUGCGUGUUCUCUCCGUCCCUCCCACAUUCCAAAAACAUGCUAGGUUAAUUGGUGACUCCAAAUUGUCCAUAGGUAUGAAUGUGAGUGUGAAUGGUUGUUUGUCUAUAUGUGCCCUGUGAUUGGCUGGCGACCAGUCCAGGGUGUACCCCACCUCUCGCCUAAAGACAGCUGGGACAGGCUCCAGCACCCCCGCGACCCUCGUGAGGAAAAGCGGUAGUGAAUGAAUGAAUGAAUGAGAAAGUAGAAGAGCUGCACGGUGAUCGAGUGGUUAGCGUGCAGACCUCACAACUAGGAGACCAGGGUUCAAUUCCAUCUCUGUGUGGAGUUUGCGUGUUCUCCCCGUCCCUCCCACAUUCCAAAAACAUGCUAGGUUAAUUGGCGACUCCAAAUUGUCCAUAGGUAUGAAUGUGAGUGUGAAUGGUUGUUUGUCUAUAUGUGCCCUGUGAUUGGCUGGCCACCAGUCCAGGGUGUACCCCGAUAGGCUCCAGCACCCCCCGUGACAAGUGGUAGAAAAUGAAUGAAUGAGAAAGUAGAAUCCCUUGAAGCUGCAGUUUCACUCUUGGCCAACAGGGGGCCAACUCAGUUAUCGUGUAGAUGAGUGACAGCAGUAGGCGUGUGGGGAGAAAUAAGGACGGCUCUGGUCAAGAUGAUUUAUUAUAUAAUGAUCAUUUAUGGGUUAAAUGUUUGCCGGCUUUUGUCUGAAGUUUUAUUUGUUUCUAGAAUUUGCAUGGCGGGCCGGAUCACAUGCUGCCACUGGCUGCAAAUGGCCCAUGGUCAGUAGGUUCCACACCCUUUCUUUAAAUUUGACUUGAUAUGAAUCAUGUUUGGAUACAAAGUGGCUUGGUAUAAAGCAAAUAAUGUUUCCAUCGCCGCGGCUUAUGUACUUUAUUAGUCUUUAUCAGAGCUACUAACUGGCAGGUCUCACCUAUACUACCUCUGUUAGAAAUGAACAUGCAAUGGAAAACAAAGUUAAUCAUUGCAUUAACUUAUUUUACAUUCCACAGACAAAUCCAAUUAAUUAAUCAUAUCUAAUAUCCUCUAUUGGAGGUGCUCGUCAACAUGAGUGGUGAGUGUAAAUAGAUUAAGUCCUAAAGUAUCAUCACCAUUACACAGGAGAUAUUUACCCAUUUGUCAUCAUGAGAACACAAUUAUGUGAUAAUCAUUAACUUCAAUAAAUGUCACAUUAUCAAUUAAAUAUGUGGCUUUAAGUUUACAAGUUUUCAGCUGAAAUGUGGUCUCAAUUCGAUAAAAAUAUUGAACACAUGCUUGCUAAAAUGAAAGUGUGCAUCUUGAUAGCUGAUUUUUUUUCAAGUUCUGCAACAGUGCACACGUAGAGGAUCUUUGAUCUUAAAGGGGAACUGCACUUUUUUGGCGAAUUUUGCCCAUCAUUCAUAAACCGAACAUGAAUACAUAUUUCUUUUUCUUUUCUGUGCAUUCUACCUCGAAAACGAGUUAAUAUGAGCUACAUCAUGGGAAAUUUUUGAUGCUAACAAAAAAACGGCAACAGUGUUCCAUUUACAUAACUGACUUGCAUAUUAACCAAGCUAUAGCGAUAUUAUUAUUGAAAAACUAUCGCUAACCGCUAGCCUCGGCGUCAUUCAUAGACUGAAGAGUGCAUACCUAGCACUCAAUUUCGCGACAAAGACUCAACCAGAAGCUUGUUUGCCAUCAGUAUUUUUUUACCUGAGUACUGGGCUACACAUCCUGUGCUGGACGACACGGCUAUCCCAAUGAGUGCGGACAUUGUAAGUGUUAUCGCUGUAUCUAUGCCGCUGUUGCUGACGGAACUAGCAUAAGCAUAUGUAUCAAUGCGCCCUAGGAAACAUGUUAUCAUUAGUGUACGUGUUAAUGCAUCAUCAUAGCAUGGAUAUCAAACAAUGCAAUGUUGUUAGAGGUUUUUUUUUUUUAGAGGGCUUCAUAGUCAAAAUAGGUGUAUCCCAAUGACGUGCAUUGUUAGCUGUCUCAUAUUAACUGGUUUUUCAUGUUAUAAUGCACAAAAAAGGGAAGCAAAUAUGUGUUCAUGUUUCACAUAAGGAUUGUGACUGAUGGGUAAAUAUAGUACAGUACAGUAUAGGAUAUUUGACACAUUGCUUGCGCUGUUGUGAUUUAUGACAUUAUUAACGACUAUAUUAGUCAUUCGGUGAGGUAACAGCUUUUAAGGUGUGACGGAGCCUUGCAUUGCAUUGACAUUCUAUGCAAAAGAAAUAUACUUAGAAGUCUGAAAGUCUUUAGCUUUAUAGUUUUAAUGUAAGCUAACUUGGCGUUUCACUUCAAAAGAAAGCGGACAAGUGUGUUUUCCUUUACAAAUGUUGUCUCAUGCCGUAAUAAUAUUGGUUUAAAGACCAGUUGUGUGAGCACAAGCAUCCAAACAUUGUUAGCUCAGCGACUUUUGUUUAGCAAGUAAGACCACAAGUCAUGUGUGCAAACAUGCUGCACAAAUGCGGUAGGGAGUGUUUGCACACAUGUAGGACAGGUUUCAACAAAAAAAAAAAAAAAAGUUGCUUGAGGACAAAUUAUUACCACCAUUUGUGUGUGUGUUUGUUUUUGGCGGCCAAUCAACUCACCUCUGGUCCACCUGUAUCUGUGCGCACCCAUCCAGGGUGCAGCAGUGAAAACAGGAUCUUAUCCUUCUUCAUUUCCUCUGCGGCACACACUGUCAGCAUAUUCAAAGCGGCCUGAAAAGAGCAAACUUUGGUAUUAUUUCCGUGUGUACUGUAUUUAUCGCAGCAGCACUGUUUGCUUGGACACCUCACCUUGCUGACACGUAAUGGUAAAAUAGCCUCGAGAGAGUAGGUCUCCUUUGUCACGUCCAUUGAACCCUCCAUCGCGGAGAUAUUAAUAACAGCUGCUUUGUUGCAGGACAUCCCUGAAAUCUUGCUGACCUUGGCCGCUGUCUGAAGUUGAGGAAGGAACUCCUAAUAAGUUCACAACAGGGGAGCAAAAACGCCAUAAAUCGUCUGACUUCGGUGGUUAAAUUGCAGUGUUAAAAUCAUUUACUUUCAUGAUGUUCAUAGGACCAAUAACGUUUGUGUUGAAAGUGUCCUGCAUGUCCUUGGUAGUGGUGGUCUGCAGCGAUAAUUCCUGCGCCACCCCGGCGUUGUUGAUGAGCAGGUUGAGGCCCUCGCUGCCCAGUAGUGGGGUGAUCACCUUGGCAGCCUCUUGUAUGCUGCUCAACUCAGUGACAUCUGUCAUAGAAAAUAGUCACAGACACUUAUGUUAACUUUGUUUACUGUAUUCCUAGCGUGAUAAUAAACAUAGAAUGGUAGCAUGCCAAACUUAAGUACGGUAAAGGAUAGCUCUUAUACCCAUAGUGACGAUGACGAUGAUGUCUGGGUACUGCUUUGCCAGUGUUUGCAAGGUCUGCGAAUAGAAUCGAAACAUUAAAUUGCACAUUAAAUUAUUGCCAUGUCAUGUUAAAACACACGUCCCAGUACCGUUAUUAACAGUUCCUUUAUAGGGGUUGAGCGAGAGACUUGCAGUUUUCUGCGAAAACACUAGAGGCAACCACAUCUUGUUGGCUAGCUAUUUAGCUUCCUGCGUUGCAGUAGUAUAAAGGAGGAAAUGAAAGGGAAAAGACAGUUAAUCGAGCUAAUUAAUGGGGAAUGUCUCAUCUCUAUAACAUGUUCAUGUAAGUGCUCAUAUUUGACGUUGUUUAUGCCAGUGCUUUGAGGCUACAGUCAAUACACUACAAUGUGUCACAAAAGGGGAUACGUGAAUAAAAAUGAAAAACAAUUCUUGCCUAACACUCACAAUUAUGAGUGUGCCUGAACGCCUCGCGAGACAAGUAGAAUGAAGCACGAGCACAAGUGUGCACGAGUGACAUAAAAAAGCAGCGUUUUUGACACGUUUACAUUACAAAUGUACAAGGUAAUGUAUGUUUUAACUCUACUCUUUCUAACUACAGCUGAUACCAAUGCUUAAAUGUAAUCAAAUGAUUUAAAAUUGACGAGCUACAUUAAGCGUUAAGUGGUCUGCUAAAGUUAGCACUGCAUCCCGGGACUUGUAGUGUAAUUGUACUAUACUCACAGGUCAGUUUCGAUGUAUUGCUGUGUUUUGCGGUAGAAAUGAAAAGUACACAGCAUUUUGUCAGCGAAAAACACCCGACUCAACAACACGCCAAGUAGUGUUCAAAAAACAAUUUUAGGAAUGAGGAAUUAGGGCGCAUACGCUACGCACUCGCGUUUCCAGUACAUCAGUGUUUGUGUUUUGUGUUGCGUUUGUGCAGCUGGGAUUUGUUGUUGUGAUUGUAUUGCAUUUAAAGGUGGACAUGUUAUAUACAGUGUAUAUAUAUAUAUAUAUUGCAUUUAAAGGUGGACAUGUUAUAUACAGUGUAUAUAUAUAUAUAUAUAUAUAUAUUUAUUUAUUUUUUUUUAAGUGUCGUCUGGUAUGCUCACCUCAGCUUUAGGUCCAUUUGGGUCUCUGCAGCAGGCAAACAGCUUCCUCACACGCCCCUUAUCCAACACCAAUUGACGCACCAUCUCCAGGCCAAUGCCUCUGUUGGCCCCGGUGAUGAGCACGGUGAUCGGCUUGGACGGCAUGGCACAAUCGGUCUUUGUCGUCUUUGCACUUGUCGAACAACACUCUUAACAGUGCAUCGAUUUUUAUACUGCCCAUAUCGCUUUUAAGUCCGCCUUUCCACGCCCACCUGUUUGAGUUUGUAUGCAAUGGGCGGCUCAAUUAGACAGGAGCGAGUUGAACAAGAUGCUGGCAAUAACGUGCAAAACGUAUCUAAGAAAAAGGGAGUAUAAUAGUAAUAGUAAUAGUUAAAAAUGAAUGCAGACAGAUUACAAGGUAAUGAGAAUUUGUGUUAUGGACGUUAUGUAAAGCAGCAAACAAAUCAACUGACCAGCGAACUUGUUUUGCAUAGACAUUUGACAUGUCUAUGCAAUGGGGUGGCUUUGUUUGUUUUUCCAUUGUUUUAUCAUGCAGCCUAUUUUACUCUGGAGUCGUAUAAUUUAAGGGGAGUUUCACACUUCAAAAUAAAAACAGACGUUUUGGAUCACAUACCGAACACCAAAUCUCGCCAUAAUUAAGUUACACAAUACAACAGCAUCUGGUAAUGAUCAUUCUUUUGGCAAACUCACAUGAUUGCAUGAUUUUAAAUUGCAAAAUAACCCACCAUGGAGGCAAAAAGAAGAGAAACUACUGAAUUCAAGUGGCUCUUGCCUUCCCUUCCUCAAUCAAUAGGAGUCAUCAAUAAAGGUAAGUGAUUUUAAUCACUUUAUUUAUACCUUUAAUUUGUUUACAUUAUCUGAAUGUAAAUCUCAUCCUUCUAUAAUAAAAGUGUUUUGUGUGAACAUUUUUGGGUGUCUGGAGUGGACUGACAAGGCCCAGCACUCGCUUGCUGCAAUCCUGUCAUGAUGCCCAUCCAUACCUAUAAUGACUUCUUUACAGGCAAGCUGUAUCCCUUCUUUUUCCCUGGAGCCAACAUCCCAACAGGAAUAACCCUCACCCUCUCAAGAUCUGCCCUGCUACCAUGGUAGCAUGGAACAGCGCCACAUGGUAACGUGGAAGGAACAACAAGCAAUCAAUAGAUGAUUAAAGAAACAAGACACAAUUUAUCCAAGUAAGCAGAAUAACUUUAUUUUGGUUCAUUUUGAUGUGAUGCUACCAAGGCAUGGGGCUGCCCUGGUAAUCCAGGAAGAUUCCAUUGUGCUUAUCUUUCAUGGUGGACAUCACUUUAAGCAUCCCCUUCACGCUGGUUUGGGCAUCAAUUUCCCCCUGGAAGACACAUUUUUAAACAUCGGCUUUAUUUAACAAGCAUGGGGUCAUUUCAAUUUAUUGUGUAGAUGACAAUGACAGAGCUAUAGGCAUGUGAAAAACUAAGACAUUCAAUUUGUGGUGCGCCCUAUUGGUUUUGCUUAAGUGCUUUGGAUGGCAUGAUUUAUUAUAUACAGUAAACCUAACAAAUAUGCGCCACUUCAGUUUUUUUAGACAAAUCCAAAGAUGAACAACCUUUUCUAUGUACACAAAAGGCCUAUUUGUCUCAAAUAUUGUUCACCCAUCUGCCUAAGGGGGUACAUGUUCAAUGUGGUUCAGCGAGCCCAGGCUUUGUGCUCAAGAUGCAACUUAACACUAACUUUGUCAAGUCCGGUUUUUGGCUUUGUGCUCAUUGCAAAUUCACGUGAUAUCAAAUGAUGCUACUUCCACUGAAAAGUGAAUCGAUCCCAGCCAGUGUAUUUUACAAAAAAAAUUAGUAAGUAAUUAUUAUGGAGCGUUAUGAGUUCCCAAAAGAUUGACUGCUAAAAGCAACACUGUCGCCACCCAUAGAGUGAGGGAGGACCGAUGACAGAAUAAUGCUGAGCAUGUAAUGGGCAAGUUAACACUGAUUUAUUACACUUACUAUACCCUACUAGUCUUUUCAUUUAUCCAUUUAACACUUCCAUUCAUUCAUUUUUUACCGCUUAUCGUCACAGGGGGUGCUGGAGCCUGUCCCAGCUGUCUUCGGGCAAGAGGCGGGGUACACCCUGGACUGGUCGCCAGCCAAUCACAGGGCACAUAUAGACAAACAACCAUUCACACUCACAUUCAUACCUAUGGACAAUUCACCAAUUAACCUAGCAUGUUUUUGGAAUGUGAGAGGAAACCGGAGUACCCGAAGAAAACCCACACAUGCACGGGGAGAACAUGCAAACUCCACACAGAGAUGGCCGAGGGUGGAAUUGAACCCGGGUCUCCUAGCUGUGUGGUCUGCGCGCUAACCACACGACCGCUGUGCAGCCCAACACUUAUCCAUUUAAAAAUAAAUAAAUCAGAGCAAAAAAUGUAGUAUCAUCAGCAUUUGGGAACAAACAAAAAUGUAAGAAAUAAAAGUUCAGUGUGAAACAACAGUACACGGUGCGUUCAAGGACGGUAAAACAAAGUGGGAAUAUAAUAAUGGCUUAUAGUUUCAAAAUGUAUAUCCAUUUAUAUAAAAUUUUAUGUUAUAGUUGUAGUUGCAUAUGGAAUAGUUUACCACAAAGAUUUACAUCCCUAGUUAUUCUAGAUAAAAUGUAUUUCAGAUUAAUUCUGAGUUAACUCUGACAAAAUGCCAUUAAUCAUGAUUAAAUAUUUUAAUCACAGAAUGCAACUUUUCAGCCCUGUUUUGAUUAAUUGCUUCAUUACACCCCAGUCCUGUUUGUUAUCUUAGUGCUUUUUGCUUAUCUCGUAUUAAACACAAGUCAUGCACUAACAUGGUGAUAACAGGGGAGGGUGUGUUGGUACACAAGUACAAUAAUAGUUUUAACCCCAUCAUGUGUGUAUCAUACUUGUGGCAGCCAGUCAACUCACCUCUGGUCCACCAGUAUCUGUGCGCACCCAUCCAGGGUGCAGCAGUGAAAACAGGAUCUUCUCCUUCUUCAUCUCCUCCGCAGCGCACACUGUCAGCAUAUUCAAAGCGGCCUGAAAAGAGCAAUGUUUGAUUUUGCCUUCAGCUGCAUUAUUUCAGCGGGUAUUGUAUUUAUCUCAGCACUGUUUUGAUGCCGACCAUGCAAACAUGGCCACACCUUACCUUACUGACACGGAAUGGCACAAUAGCCAUGUAUGAAUAAGUCUCCUUUGUCACGUCCAUUGAACCUUCCAUCGCGGAGAUAUUAAUGACAGCUGCUUUGUUGCAGGACAUCCCUGAAAUCUUGCUGGCCUUCGCUGCUGUCCGAAGAUGAGGAAGGAACUCCUAAUAAAGUAACAACAGGGGAGCGAAAACACCAUAAAUAGUCUGACUGCGGUGGUUGAAUUGCAGUGUGAAAAUCAUUUACUUUGAUAAUGUUCAUUGGACCAAUAACGUUUGUGUUGAAAGAGUCCAACAUGUCCUUUGUCGUGGCGGUCUGCAGCGAUGAUUCCAAUCCCAAUCCAGCGUUGUUGAUGAGCAGGUUGAGGCCCUCGCUGCCUAGGAGUGGGGUGAUCACCUUGGCCGCCUCUUGUAUGCUGCUCUCAUCAGUGACAUCUGUUAUAGAAAAAGUGGGACACUCAACAUCAUGUUUCUUUUGCUCACUGAGCAAUUAGCUUGCUAAACUUGUUAUACCCAUAUUGACGAUGACAAUGAUGUCUGGAUACUUUUUUGCCAGUGUAUGUAAGGCCUGUAAACAGAGAACAUAUUUAAUAACACUGCUAUUGAACAUGUGGCUAUUUCACCACACAACUCAUUACUAUCGCGUUGUCAAAUGUUUUGUCCCUUAAAGGCCACUGUACUUCCGCAUAUAGUAUGACGCGGUAUGCUUAAGCUAACCUAUAGUGAACUAGUUUGCGUUUUUGACACAUUUACAUUAUACAUAUAUAAAACGUGAUUUGUGUUUCAACUCCAGACCAUAUACAAAUGCUUACUUUUAAUCAAAUUACAUCUGAAAAUUGAUUCAAACUGGUGACGAGCGCUCAGGUGAAGCUAACGGAGCAGUGCACUUUGGGACUUGUAGUGUAAUUGUACUGUAAUCACUGAACGGUUAUGACUUGUUACAAUGUCAUUACCACGUAAGUCACGCGUAAACACACGAAAAUACACAAUAGUAUACAAAAUACGCUGUAUGUGGAUAAAACUGAAUAAGGAAAUAUUUGCUGUUUCUUUAAGACUGAGCGAAGAAGUACUUAGUGCGCAUGCGCUAGGCAAAGUACGUUGAUAAGGAAAUCACAUCGUUUGUUUCUGCAACAGGAAUUGUUUUAACAGCGUUUAAAAGUGAACAUUUUAGAUUAAAAAAAGGACUAAAAGUGUAAAAAUCUCGUCUGUUUUGCUCACUUCAGCUGUGGGUCCAUUUGGGUCUCUGCAGCAGGCAAACAGUUUCUUCACUCGCCCUUUAUCCUCCGACAGUUGACGCACCAUCUCGAAGCCCAGGCCUUUGUUGGCCCCGGUGAUCAGCACCGUGAUCGGCGUGGACGACAUGGCGCACUCGGUUCUUGAGCUCGUCGAACAACAUUCUUACGGGGCGUCAAUUUUUAUACUGCCUGUAUUGCCUUGAAGUCACGCCCACGUGUAUUUGGUACACAAUCAGGCGCUGUAUUGGGCGGCUCCAUCUAACUCGGACUGCAGGAAGUUGAGCUACAAGUUGACAACGUAGAAAAAAAGUAUAACAAAUAGGAGAAAAUGGAGCAUGUAAAGCAUGUAAAAAUAAUUAUAAAGGAUUCAUAUAGGUUACGUGGCAAUGUUGAGUGACGUUAUGCAAAGCAGUAAACAAAUCAAGCGACCAGCAAACUUGUUUUGCAUCCUGGAGGUGCUUUGUUUGUUUCUGUUGGCUGUUUGUUUUAGUAGAAUUGUAAGGGGAUGUUGACAAAAAUUGUGAAUUUAAGGCGCCCAGGCCAUUAGUGCAUCGGUUCUACUCUACAACUAGUGGGUCAAGACCCAUUUGUGGGUCAUGGAUUCAUUCUGAGUGGGUUGCAGACAGUGAGUCAAAAAUUACAUUAUGUUUGAGAUGUCUGACAUGUUUUUUUUUUAUUUUAAAUGUAAAAUUGAGCAAAAAUUUACUCACCUUCCUGUAUGUUAUAUAUUUAUUGCAUAGUUGUAAGACUAAAAUAC